AUGGGCUUCCAGCGCGGUCUGUCGCAGUGGCUGACCUUCGUGGCGGCGUCGGGACUGUUUGAAGACUUCCUGUGGAUAAGUCAAAGCUACGAUGAGAUCUCCCAGUGGCUCCAGGACAUUGCUACAGAUGCCCACAGCUUCGUCCUAGUGGGGAUUUUCGGCCCAUGCGCAAAAAGCACGCGCGCCGAGAAGACCAGGCGUGUUUGCCUCGAGCGAGGCCUCGACUCCGGGCGGGGAACGAACAGAUUGAUCAAAGUUGCAAAUGAUUGGGAGACGGAAAGAAGAAAAAGGUUUCACUACGUAAUCUAUGCCGACGACAAUGGUGCAUUCACCUUCAGAGCCGACUGCUCUCCUGCUGGCUGUGGCGAUAUCGGCACAACACCCCGAAAGAACGAGACAGCGCCGCAGUUCUUCCAGCGUUUACUACUCCAGCAUCAGCCGGCUGUCGCGUCCCCGAUCAUGGGGGAUGAUUCGGAGCCGGAGAGGAUGUUUAUUUGCGCAUCCACCUUCGACCGGAAGAUCACCGCACACCAUUGGUCAGUGCGACACCACACUCUUCUUGUGUUGGAAGAGUUCCUGGAAGUGUCCAUGCUCGCCGCCACCACUUGUGUGCUCAAUGAGCUGGUGGAAGCAACCUACCGUGGAUACACCAUCCUGUACAGGCCGUUUCAACGAGCAGGGAACGGCACUCGCUACUAUGAGCACAGAGGAAACUAUAUCCGAAAUAUGCAUCCCUGCUUACCUCGCAAAGUUGCGGAUGGAUGGGAGGACAGCCAACUUGUCUCCUGGAUGCGCCCUCAGCUCUCACGUUGUGCUUCCGAGCAGCUCGGGCCAUCAGUUUAUCUCCAGCAAGGUCGUCCUGUGUACGCCUGUUUGAAACCUCCUCGGAAGGUUGACUACUCAAGGUUCCUCCCGUGUACUCCAUGGGCUAGGCCGGGGGAUGAUGACUUCUGCGUGAAGAAGCCGACUGCGAACCGACGCCCAAAGGCAGAUGGAGAGCGCUUUGUUGACAAGUUUAUGCGAGGCAUGGUUGGGCACGGAUGGCCGGACCUUCCACGGCUGGACCCUGCGAAGGCUAGGGAUCGCCUUUGCAUGUUGGGCCGCCGCAACUACAAGGGCCUCGUUCGACACUAUGCCUCCAGACCGGCGGUGAACGGAAAGCUAGCUCAUCUUCCGGACGGCUUUCAAUGCGACGAUCCGUGCAAUGCCCUGCUGUUCGGGGCAGCCUUGCAAUCUCAGCAGCCAAGCCAUGUAGUCGCCGCGCAACCUGAGUUGCAAGCCAUCGACUGGCAAACCGAAUGCAUGACCAGUUUUCUCCGCUCAUGGUCUAUGAUGGACCUGCUCGGUGGCGGGUGGUCUUCGAUGUACGAGCUGAUGCAGCAAGAGGUCGAGCGGCGCUCGCAAAGCCAACUUGAAACUCGUGACCCUGUUGCUUUGACGGCUGCCGUCCCACCUGAAAUUUGGGAGUCCAUCUCGAUCCUUGGCCGGCAGUCGUGGGGAGAUUUUCCUUGUCAGGUAGACACCUUCGUGAGACUCAUCCUUCCGGCCGUCGAGAACUCCACGCUCCGUGCUGGACGAGUCCAUGCAGCACAGACCUACAUCUUCAGCUGCGCGAUCGAGUCAUGGCUGCACCCAAGCAUGGCUUCGGUGUGGGCCGUCAUUGCCCUGAUCGGAAGGUCGUUUGUGGCCGUGGUGCAAAGGAAUCUUUCAGCAGUGGCUUUGACUGCCUUUGACCUCAAGAGGGACUCGACCGGCGCGAACAUGAAGCUCUUAGAUGUUAGUCUGAGGGCGGCGCAGGGUCUGAUCGACAACAUGGACUACAUCCUCCCAGUGCAUGAUAGUAAUCAGCUGGACGUGAACCAGGCGCUCUUUGCUUACGCCAUGUUCUUGCCUGCCAUCUUCUUCCGAUGGAAUCUGUUGGAGCUGCUGUUGCACUGGGUGCAGUUUCGGGGCGAGUGGCUCGACCACAUGCCCUCGUUUACUUCCCGCUUGCUUUGGCAGUUCUACACCUGCGCGCUUCCAUUGCGCGUCUUCGUUUUGCACAUCUACCGGGUGUUCUGGCCCUUGCUGUACUGCAGCCUGGCGGUGAAGUAUCAAGUGGCAGAACCGUAUCGCAUAAUUUCCGACACUGACCUCAGCAGUUUUAGCACACGAGCUUUGGUGAAGAGGGUGGCGCUGCUGCAGUCUUUACCAGCAUGUGAUCGGGGAUGCUUCCUGGACCUGUCAGCUGCAUUUGCUGCCCUGGCACUUCAAGCAGGCCAGAGACAGCAGGAGUCUGAGCUCUACGGCUAUUUGGGUGACACACAGCUCAUGCUCCAAUCGGCUUUCUGUGAGAGCAUUAUCGAUUGCGUUCGGACCCGCUCGGACGCAGAGCUCCUGCGCACGACCUGUGGCUUUCUACACAGAGUGGCAGAACUGCCACUUGUACGACAAAGGCGCUUUCAGGUCCUUGCAAAUGCAGGGGAGGCCUUGGGACGCACUGAGUUUGAAGGCUCACGUGCUGCAACACUUCUUGCCACUUUGCAGAACGACAACCUGUGGUCACGGCCUUUUCGACUGAGCCCUGCUGACGAGAUUGAGGCUGCGUGCGUUGACAAGAUGGACAUGGAUCCGAUAAGUCCAGCGCGAGCCUUGAGCCUCUACAGCAUGCUCAGCACCGUCGGCCAAGUCCUUUCCCGAUUUGGUGUGGAAUGGUUUGCCUCGCAUGGCACGCUGUUGGGAGCCAUUAGGCAUGCGGGUCAGAUUCCGCAUGAUUGUGACCUUGACAUAUCCAUAUUUUCUCAGGAUCUGCACAUGCUGCGAAAUGCAUCGGUAAUGCUGGCACUGCAGCGGAAUGGCUACCAGCUGGAUUAUCUGCCAGUGCAAAACUUGUUUACAGUUUGGCGUGUUGGUCAGCACACGGGAACAGAGGUGCGUGGGGCACGUGCCGUCAACAACAUGAACAUGUACCGCGCCGCUUUGCACAUCUUCGUGCUGUUCGACUUCCACGAAACAAAGCAAUGGAAGUAUGAAACUGACAGGUUGAAGCACCGUGGCUGGAUCAUGUCAGAGAAAGACUUGCUUCCAUUGAAGCUGCGUCCUUUCGGCGACGCAUCCAUUCCAGUCCCUGCGCAGCCGGAAGCCUAUUUGGACCGAAUGUAUGGCCAAGACUGGAACUCAACUGUCCGCUGCAUGACAGCGCUGCAAGAGUACCCCUACUACGAGCCAACUCCGUUGACCGUUGCUGGUAUGGCCCAGCCAACAGGACCACUGGAGCAAGUUUUCUACGAGUGA